CGGUCGUUGUCAUUUUAUCCGUUAACGUUAAUUUUAAUUUGAAUUUUCUUGUAAUUUUAUCGUUUGUUAAUAAGUGUACUUUUUCUGUGGUUAAGUUAUGAAUAUACCUAAAAUGCAGCGUGAAAAACAAUUAUCCAAUUCAGAUUUACGCGGUACAGUGAAAGUGUUUUGCAGAUUACGUCCAUUGGCAGAUGAAGCGGAAUUUCCAUCCAUAAAACUGCUAUCGCCCACCACUCUAACGGUUAUAUCAGAUCCAAAGGGCAAAGGAAUACGUAAAGAAUGUAACUACGUCUUUCGACAUGUUUUCACAUCGUACUCGGGCCAACGGGAGGUCUUCGAGCACGUUGCCUUACCUCUGCUAGAAGACGUAGUGAACGGAAAGAACGGGCUGCUCUUCACCUACGGAGUGACCGGUUCUGGUAAAACAUACACAUUAAAUGGAGACCAGGCUAAUCCGGGCAUUAUGCCUUCCUGUAUUAACACUCUGUUUAACAGUAUUAGCCAUUUACAAGCAUACAAGUUUCUCAUCAAAUCCGACAGAAUGAACGGAUUCGAGGUGCAAAGCGAAAACGAAGCCUUAGAAGAGCGACUUCGCGAAACGAAAAUGGGUACCAAACAUGUACGUUCUGUGAGGAAAGGUGAUCGAAUUACGUAUACUAACGACGAGACAAAACUUAAAAGUGUUCCGGACGACUGUUCGUUUUCAGUAUUUGUAAGCUACACCGAGAUUUACAAUAAUCAAGUGUACGAUCUUUUGGACGAGUCUAAUGGGAAAGUUCUGCAGUCGAAAAUCAUUCGCGAAGAUUCGCAGAGGAACAUGUACGUGAACGGCGUGGAAGAGGUCGAGGUGAAGUCGGCCGCCGACGCCUUCGAGCUGUUUGCCUUGGGACAAAAGCGUAAGAGGAUGGCUCACACUCUUUUAAAUGCGGAAUCCAGUCGUAGUCAUUCGAUAUUUAAUAUUAGAGUUGUGCAGUUAGUGCAUUCUCAUGAUGUGGUGCCGGCACAAAGUCUCAUGAGGGUCGGACAGUUGAGCCUCGUUGAUCUCGCCGGGUCUGAACGGUGUAAUCGUACUAAUAAUACGGGAAUGCGGCUGAAGGAGGCUAGUAGUAUUAAUAAUUCGCUAAUGACCCUUCGUAGCUGCAUGGAGGCUCUCCGCGAGAAUCAGACGAGUGGCGGUAAUCGAGUGGUGCCGUACCGUGACAGUCGCUUAACUUUACUGUUUAAGAAUUACUUCGAGGGCGAGGGUCAGGUGCAAAUGAUCGUCUGUAUUAAGCCUUCCGAGCAGGAUAAUGAGGAAAAUUUGCAGGUAUUGAAAUUCGCCGAGGUAACGCAAGACAUACAAAUAACAAAGGCCGAACCGAGGUACCUUCAAUUCAGAACUCCUACAAAUAAAAUUGGGUACACGCCGACACCAAAAACUGUCAAAGCAAAAUCGGCUUCAUCGCUACCGGUCGUCAGCAAAUUACCCUCCAUCCGAUUGGAUUUGGAUGACUGCAAUGACAACAUUGCUAUUUUUGAGAAAUUAGCACGCGCCGUUCGCGUUCGAAAACAGCGACAGGGCCAGUUCAGAGACGAGUGCGAUCGUAGCGCCACGCAUCUACGGAAACGCCUCGUCGAAAUAAACCAAGAAAAUAUUCUGUCGAAGUCCGAAAUUCGUAAUUUAAAAGCUAUAAUCAAGAAAGACAGAUCGCAGAUGCAAAACCAGAAUGUGAAAAUUGCCGAUCUGGAACUGGCAAAUCACGAGUUUCUGCAGAAGAAUAACGAGCAGCAGGAGUUGAUUCAGGGUCUUCAGUUGACUAUCGACGAAAAGAACCUGAAAAUUAACCAAAAUUGCCUCGAGCACGAGAAGAAUAAACAGAAAUUCGUCAUACAAACUGAGAAAUUAAAUCAAGAGCUCGAUAAUAAGCUGCGUAAGCAGAGGGAACAGCUUGAAGUAGAAAUGCAUGCACGUGAUCUGAAGUUGAAGAAGGUCAAAGAGGUGAUAGAUAGCGAAUUGAAUGUUGAGGUAACACCUACUCGGAUUGAAACCAUCAGACAGUUAGACACAGAAACGAAAGAAAACAUUCCACAGUAUACCACUACACCAGCUUUAGAACGCACUGUUACAAUAGGUCGAGUGAAUAGAGCGCGUGGUGUCGGUGACAUAUGGUUAGAGCACAACGCUGUGAAACCGAUAGCCUUGCAGACAGUGUUGCAGCCCUCGAUGAAGAGGAGAAAGUCAGUGGAUCGACUAAAAAAGGCGACAGAUGUUACUAAUCCCAAACAGUCUAAGUAUUGCUUAAUCGCACAGGAAUCGGAUGGUGCAGGCGACAUUGAAACGAGGCUAUACAAAGGAGACAUUGUUCCCACUUGUACAGGGGGCGCUCAGGUUAUUUUUAAUGGUGUGGAACGUUUGCGAGAGGAGUCGCCGACCAGGACACCCUUAUCUCCAAAUAAUAAAUAAAUGAUUUGUUUAUGUAUUUGCAGAUAUUUUUAAUAUGAAUUGAGUAUUUUUUUAUUUAUGUUUGUAUAUUUUUAAACUGUGAAGGUAUUAAAAUUUGAAAGACUA